AUGAAAUUCCGUCAUGAAAAUGGGUACAUCCCGGACCCUGAUAAGCCCUCCUCCUUCUCGGAGUUCUUGGCCUUCAUCCCUAAAAUUAAAUCCAGCCCUUUUCAUGUCAAAGAUGAAGCUUUACUGGAGAAAUACGUAAGGAAGAUCAAGAAUGCGUAUCUUCAAAAGAAGUCCGAGAAAACAGAGUCCCAGAACGCCGGGACAGGAAACAUGACUUCAGAGCAGAUCUCUGAAUUGAGCUCACCGGAGCAAGCCUUUUGCUGGUGCGAUAAGCUGUGGAACGCCGAGAAAUAUUUUAAUCGGAAGGUUGAUAAUGCAUUGAAAGAUGUUGAUUGUAUCCCAUCAGUAACAACCCAAGAUCAGAAGAAGAUGUGUGAUUCAAGUAAACAAAUCUUGGGUUCCCCUGCUUCCCACCGGGUUAAUGAUGAUCAGAAUGCUCCGCCACAAGAAUCUGGUGGUAUUGUUCUUUCUGCUGAAGAUGAAGAGCAUAGAAAAAUACUUGAAAAGGAAAUUUUCUACUUCUUAGUUUUCUCGGACAUCUUGGAUUCGGAUGAUUAUGAUAGGGGGAAUUCGCCAUUUGGGUGUUGUUCUUAG